AACAAUUAAAACGUGUUCUCCUAACCUCACACCCUCCGAUUGCCGGUUCUCCCCCUUUCUGUGAGCCAAUGUUUACAUCUAUCAUUAACAAUUGACUGAUAUUGAUGAAAACAACUUAUAAUGAUGGAAGUGGAACCAGAAGAGGUGGCAAUGCCAGGUGAUGUGAUUAAAAUAACAACCGAAAAUCCUAAACAGAAAAUCGUGAUUGGGCCUGGAUUGAGGAGAGAAGGAGAGACUAUUUACGCUUGCAAGGCUGGAAUCCUUAAAAAAAGGUCACCCUCGAUUUACUACAUCGACAGUUAUCAACGAAGAUAUAUACCCAGCAGAGGUGAAACUGUUGUUGGUAUAGUGACUCAGAAAGCUGGAGAUAUCUUCAAAGUAGACAUUGGUGCAUCUGACCAAGCCUCCCUUUCCUACCUAGCAUUCGAAGGUGCAAGCAAACGCAAUCGUCCAGACGUACAAAUUGGAGAUAUCGUAUAUGCAAAACUGUUGAUCGCCAGUAAGGACAUGGAGUCGGAGCUCGUGUGUGUGGACUCUCACGGUAAAAAAGGAAAGCUGGGAGUCCUGGGGCCCAAAGGAAUGCUGCUCAGUUGUUCUUUGAAUUUAGUGAGGAAACUUUUACGCGAGGACAGCCCCUUUUUUAGAGCCUUCGGAAUGGAGCAGCCGUAUGAACUGGCUGUUGGGAUGAAUGGAAGAGUCUGGAUCAAUGCGAAAACUGUCAGGGAGACAGUGGCACUCGCCAACGGAAUUUUAGCUGCUGAAUUCACUCCCAACGAUAAGAUUCAGGAGCUGUGUCAGACUAUCGCUCAAACGGUUCUCGAAACCAGCUGAAGUAAAUAAAUAAUCAGAGUUUGUUGAUUCAGCUGAAAAAAUCAUUGUAAAUUUGAAAAUGAAAAAAAAUUUGAUUUCACUCUGGUAGUUUCGAAUUAUGGAACAUUAAAAUAUUUCAGUUUUUGUUUUUAUUUCAAAAUUUCAAGUGUUAACAUUCUUUACUAUCAUUAGCAAUAGUUUAAUUAAAUAUAUACGACGUAACAGUACUGUAGUGUAAAUACUCGACUUACAGAUUAAUCGCAUUCUCAUUAUCGAAUAAACAGGUCAGCGAUUUAUUAAAUUAUUUAUAAUUGAA